AGUAGCUAAAUAUCCACCGGUUAGAGAAGGUCGGUUCCAGGAAAGGCUAGCCGACAGUUCUGUCUGUUGUUUGAUUAGCUCAAAACAUCAGCGGUGUGUUAAUUAAUUGCGCGCCAUUUAAAGUUCCGCGAACGACGACUGUUGUGUUACAAAGUGUGUGGUUUUCUUGAAGCGUUUGGUGAAUGCAAAGCGAAAAAUCGAAAUUCUUUUCCAUUUCCAAGGCUGUGAUUUAUUUGUGUUAAAGUGACCAAAGAAAAACAGAUUCUUGAAUAGCAGUGACCCAGAAGAAAUAAAGCACAAAUAAAGUUGAAGAACUGGCAGUGAAGAGCCAGUAAAAAAUAGAAAAACGCAGAUUGCAGUGUGGUGAAGAAAACUUUAAGAUCUGUGAAGUUCGCAGAAUCUAUAAAUUCAGCAGUGUAACUUUCUUCAGCAACAUUGACAUCAUAAACAUCUUGGUGCCUCACCCGACAAUGAUCGACUGAAAGCUGUGUGACUAUGGAAAGUUGCAGUGAGACUAACGGUUGCUUCCGAACCCUAUUUAAAAAGACUGCUCACCUGAGCAGAAGUGUUGAAUCGUUGUACAAACCUUCGGUCUCAACGGUGGACGUUCUGGAAGUGAAACAGUUGAUCGAAGAACAGGAAUUGAUCGCACCCAGUCCAGAAAUGGCCGAAAGACGGCGUGACUCGAUAAGCAAAAUGAAAAACUCUGAACCGGAAAUAGAAUCUCCAGUGGUGUUGCGACGUCGUUUAAUACUUGAGGAGGAGAACGCGGUGGUUUCGACGGAUGAAGAAGAUCUGGACAGCGGCUACGUUCCAGCAUCGCCUGAGGUACUUGAGUUGGUCAAGCAUCUCGACAAGGACUCGCUACAGCUGAAUGGCAUCGUCGUCAAAAAUGAUAAAAAGGGUCGUACGAAAGCCUACACUCGAACCAAUUCUCUCGAAAAUCCUUACAAACCCCGAACAUUGGAACGGGUUUCCGUCGGAAGUCGAAAACAUCCGCUGCAUCGUACGCAUAUAUUGAAUCUGCACGAAAUUCGCGAGGGCCUUCCUUUGGAGCUGGACGACGAUAGAUUAAUAACGGAUUUGAAGUUUCCCCACCUGUUGCCGCCAAACCCAACGAUCAAGAUCCUGAUAGCAUUUUGCAAACAUGAUCCGGUAUACGAGGCACUGGCAACGGCCUGCCACCGGCUCAACUUCGAUCCGACCUUUGUGAAAUCGGCCGAAGCCGCAAGGGAAGCCUUCCAGAACGGUGCCGGUGCAUCGUUUCAUAUCGUCAUCGUGGAUGCCCGGUAUCCACGGAUCAUCGAUGCGGACGGUUUGGGCAGCUUCAUUCGGAACUCAAAAGGCAGUCAGCACACAACCAUGGUAGCAGUUGUUAAGAAGAACCUAUUCGAGAAGGAUGACGCGGCCGUGAUCUCUUUGCUGGAUGUUGGCUUCAACCGGUGCAUCAUCGAAUCGCCCCAUGUGUCCAUCUGCUGCUCCGAGCUGCGGCAAAUCCAGCACUCGAUGGUUCGGCCCCAGCAUGUGAUAUCGACUCAACAGGCUUUAUUCACCGCUCUCCACCGAUCCCGGGAGGCCAUCAUCGUUACCGAUGACUCGCUCCGAACCCAGUACGCCAACAGAGCUAGUGAACGAUUACUAGGAAUGAAGCUGGACGAAAUCGUGGGCCGAUCAUUCAACGAGCUCGUCGCGGUCGAUAUUAACAGCAUUUUAUCUCAAGUCACUAGAAAUAAGGACUACGACGGUUUCAUCAGUACCCGGCGAAAAUCGCAGGAUACGCUCAACAUCCACGUCCGGGCCGUUCCGGUGUCGUGCAUCGGGAAGGCCCCUACCCAUUUAGUUUUAAUUUUGGAAGCGGCACCCAGUGGAACGAUUGGCCCGACAGCUUCCGCCAUGGACUCCAUGGCGACACUUCCUCCCGGCAAGGAUUUGGGUGGUCGUGGAUCGCUUCACUCGAUUCGUCGGGGCAGUUUCGAUGUCCGGUCGAUUGCUUCCGAUGGGCUGAGGCGUACCAGUUUGGCCAAACUUUCCAAUCUUCCGCUGGAGGCACCGAUCACCAAGGUCCUUUGCCUGCUCAGCCAAGUUCAGGAGAACUGCUCCCAGGAAGAAUCCAAGCUGUUGGAUCGGGUGAUGGAGUUCUUAAAACGGGAAGGUCUCUACAGCCCCCAGAUGAAGGAAAUUCGAACGGAAGACCCAGUUGCUACGGAUCUAAUCGGGGCCUUGCUAACGCAAGGACCAACCAAUAUUCUCUCGUCCCGACGAAGUUCCAACGAUUCGAUUAUACGUGGAGGAGGAGGUCGACCCUCGACUGGAAGUGUGGUGUUCACCAAGAGCAGAGAAUCUACCCAGCUUUCAGAACUGUUGAACAGUGCACUGAAUUGGGACUUUGAAAUCUUCAAACUUGAAGACCUAACCGAGAAGCAUCCCCUGCUUAAUUUGGGGUUGGAGCUGUUCCGGAGGUUCGACGUGUACAAUACGUUCAACUGUGAUGAGAAUACGUUCCGGCUAUGGCUGAUCGAAAUUGAAAAGUAUUACCAUGCGGACAACACUUACCACAACAGUACGCAUGCGGCCGAUGUGAUGCAGGCAACGGCAUGCUACCUGCAGCAGCUGUCCAACCGGGAGCUCAAGGUAAUGGACCGGAUGGACGAAGCGACGGCCCUGAUCGCGGCCGCAACCCAUGACAUUGACCAUCCGGGCCGAUCUUCCGCCUUCCUGUGCAACUCGGACAACACUCUGGCACUGCUGUACAAUGACAACUGUGUGCUGGAGUCCCAUCACGCCGCCAUCACCUUCCGGUUGACACUCGGAGACGAAAAAAUCAACAUCUUCAAACAUCUGGAUCGGGAGAGCUACAAACUGGCCCGCUCGAUCAUCGUAGAUAUGAUCCUGGCGACGGAAAUGACCAGGCACUUUGAGCAUCUGGCCAAAUUUGUGAGCGUCUUCGGGACCGAUGUGGAUGCGAAGGAAGCGACCAGUGACAACGAUGACAACCAGAUCCUGGUGCGAAGGAUGCUGAUCAAGUGCGCCGAUGUGAGCAAUCCGACGAGGCCGCUCAAAUUCUGUGUCGAAUGGGCCCGCCGGAUAGCGGAAGAGUACUUCACCCAGACGGACGAAGAGAAGCGGAAGGGCCUUCCGAUCGUGAUGCCCAUGUUCGAUCGGUCCAGCUGCAGCAUAUCCAAGAGUCAGAUCGGUUUCAUCGAGUACAUCAUCCACGAUAUGAUGGAUGCGUGGAAUAGUUUCAUCGAAAUGCCGGAGAUCGUUCGGUACAUGGAACACAACUACUCCAAGUGGAAACAGUUCGAAGAGCAAGGCAUCAACACCUUGAACGACAUCAAGCGGAAGCAGCUGACAUUCGUGGAUGAGGAAACUGUACCCAUGGGAGAUGAGGUUUGAAACCGUCGUUGCCCCAAUCGAAGGAAGUUCACCGUGGCCAAGCUUCUUCGAAAAUAGAACAAAAAAAACCCUCCGAUACGUCGGCGUCAUCGUUAAUUCGAUUCGUUCGCGCCUAGUUUUGUGUUGUUGAAAGUAUCCGUGCUUAUAAAAUUAUAUUUUUAACUGUAUCGUUGGAAUUUGAAUACCCUACCGUUUAUUUAUUUUACUUUUUAUGAAAAAAUCAAUCACCGAAGAUUACAUCUCAAUGUCUGAAAUGGUGCUUGCUGGAUUGUGUCCACACGAGUUGUAUCGACCAGUUUGGGGUCCUAAAGAAAAAAAAACAUUUAGAGUUCAAAUAUUUCAAAUAAGUUCUUAUAUCGAGCUUUGAGAUUGACCAAGUCUUCAAAAUAAAAUUCUAUUUGAGAAUCGGAACGAAGUACUAUGAAUAUCUGUCAAAAUAGCUUUUUUUAAUGAAUCACUCGUUUCAAUUCAUUUCUGAAAAAAACAAAAUAAAGUUAAAUAGUUGGACCUCAAACCAUCUAACCAAUAAAAUCAACUAGUGAUAUCUGUUGUAGAAGAUCUAAUGUUUAAAUUUGUCUCACAGAAAUAAAAGGUUAUACAUUGAACCAGACCAUGGCUAGAACAAAUAAUGAAUGUUGAUACAAAAAUAAACAACCGGAAACGCUAUACGUAUGUAACUAAGAAUUGUUGUUCAUCUCAAGAAAAAAAAAACUUCUUUUUAGCUUGACUUUUGAACUGUCUUAACCAUACUAGGGCUCAAAUUUUAACCAAUCUUUUAACAAACCUUCCUACAUUCAUGUUCACCUUUUAAAAAAAUAUCUGCUGGAACAGUUCACUUAUGAUAGGUUUCGUAUAACCGAACAAUCUUAGCUAGCUAAUGAAUGAAAAAAAAUACUUAAAAGUUAAGGAAAAUCAAUCGAGUGCACAACUACUACAACACUACUUUCACGAAUCACCUUUCAAAACUUUACUAUCAGUCUUUAAACAGCUAAAAAAAACACUACAAUACUAAAUCACGAAAACCAAACCGACACGGAAAAAAAACAACUAGAUACUAAAACAGAUAACAAACUGAAGGCAGCCAACUAAUAAAAUGCAUUCUUGUGUAUAGGAGAACCACCUAGAUUUUUAAUGUGGGGAAGAUAAAUGCAAAUUUUUUGUGUGUAGGAACUAUAUAUCUCUGAUGUGCUGGUCAUAUCAAACUUUUACAGUAAAAAUGAAGAAGUAAAAUUAUCAUUAGAAAAAAAAAUAUUGCGAUGUUUAAUGGGUGUGUAUUGGAGGGUAGAAAAUGAAGAUCCGGUUUAGAUCUUUUUUCGCAGUAAACCGUUUUGAUCCGGAAAGCUUAAAAAAAACAAAGACACUAAACAGAAUUAGUUUGAAAUUGUAGAUUGAAAGGUAUGAGUAACGUUGUACCACACGGAUGAAAGCAUUGAGAAAAUCAGUUGAAACAUGUAUCUUUGCCCGUAUUAAUCAAUCAGAUUAAAAAUUUGCGAAAAUCAGACAGAAUCAAUAAACCAGUGACAAUCAUUUGAAAUAAUUGAAUAUUCUCGUCUAAUAAAACAUUAACCAAAGUUCAUUACUAUGUAUUCUUACAAUUCGUACAGAAAUCAACCUUCUUCAUCUUCCCAAUAAUGGUAUCACGUUACAUCAAAGUUAAAAAAUUUGAUUCUCAGACGCAAUAGGUUUCAAAUAAAAUCCAUCAACUUGAGAAAAAAUAUGCUUACGUGGUUUAAUGUCAGAUAGAAAACUGACAGAUGUGAUUUAAAAAGAGGACCUGUCUCAUUGCUCUCAAAAUGAGUUAGGACUUGUGAUAUAGUUGCGUUGGCAAGUCAGUUUCCUUCUGAGCCGAUGUCCGUGAGUUCGAGCCUAAGAGUAAAUUUCGAGCACAGUUGUGACGGAUAAGUUUUUCAAUGACUGUCUGCCAACUGCAUCUUUGAUAUAAAGUCGCGAAUGAAACAAAACGAGCUAUUUCCGGCACUCACACUACAUUUAAAAACGAAAUGAGCACUCAAUGAUAGCGCUCUUAAGGAGUGCUCUGAAGUGUACACAAAGUGCUGUCAAUAAGUGGCGUUAUUUUGCGUUUCUGAUGUGUCCAAGUGCUUUUUUUCGAAAUGAAUCAACUGAAAGACAUUGAUGUAAAGUCGAAAUUCUCUGAAUGUCAAGGAAUUGACGGAAAAAAGUGAAGGUAUGUAAUUUAUGUGGAGAUUCAUCCGGGAUUUUCACAUGCAUUUCUAAAUUCAAUCUGGCUCGGCAUUUGAAAAGCAGUCACCCCAAAACUGCUGAAGAAAUGGUAGUGAUGAAGAAAGAAAGUCUCGUAGUGAAUUCUCCUCCACAAAAAAAAAUCAGUGGAUUUGGACUUGGAGACAUAUUAUUCGGCACUGGUUGGGUUGGUUUGGGUUACUGAAUGUAAUAUCUCGUUGAAUUUUUUUUUAAUAAACCCUUUGCCCGAAAAUUGUUAAUCGAUUGGAUGAGAUGAGGGACUAAAACUUCCUCACACAAAUAGUAAGAACAUUUCCAAAAAAAGUGGAACUAGUUGCUUCAGGAUUGAAGCACUACAUCGGAACAGAACUAGGGAAUAAAAUAUUCUACCUGAAAGCGGAUAUCGCAACUCGCCGGAGGAGGAUCGUGUUAGGAAUGCAUGUCCAGAUAAUUGAGGCUGCAGGUGUGAUCGUGCGAACAUUGGCCAUGAAAGAACGAUUUUCCAGAAACACAGUGGUUUCGAUUGUUGGAGACAUUUUGGAUGUUUCAAGUGAAUAUAAAUUAGAUCCAAAUAAUAUGUAUUUCUUGACGACGGACAAUGGCUCUAACUUCUUGAAAGCUUCAACAAUAUUUAAGGAAAUCUGCUGAAGAGACUCUUCGAAUCAGAACGAAUCCAAUGUUGAUGGCGCCCCAGAAGAAGAGGAAAUACAGAAUUUUGAGCCUCAAGAUUUCGAUCAAAUGAAUUCUGAUUCAGAGUUGAAUACCGAUGAUACAAACUGGCAAGGAAGUUUGUAGUUUUUUUUAUUAUAACUCAUGUUUUAUUUCAAAACUGUUCUUUUUUUCCUGGAUAAAUCAUUUUACCUAAUCUCAGAAUUUUAAAUCUACAGGAACUGUUUUUAUUUUGAUUACCUCGAUUUUCCCCGCAUAAAUGAUAUUGUCAAGACGGGGUCUUGGUAACGCCCUUUGAUCUUACACGAAAAAACUAAUUGAGUCGUUUUGGUACACACGGUCAACUCGGUUACGCAUAUAGUUCUAAGUGUCGCUGGUAGUGUUCGUGAUAUUAUGCUUGUCACACCACCUACUUUUUAAGUUUCAACCUAAAAAUGACCAUGUUUGUCAACCGGCUGCCCGUGUUUUGUAUAAAGAAUUUUUUAGGUUUAAGGUUGCCCACGAUGAAAUUUCAAAUCACAAAAUUGAUUCGCAAAAUUCGAGUUUUCAUCCGAUUGCUAUAAAAUUUUCAGGGAUUGAAAAAUAACUAUUAAACUACAUUUUAUCAUUUUACUCGUAUUUUAUUUAUAGUCCAUACGCAAAUACCCCAACCUUGGCCUUAACCCCGGCCAUAAGAUUCUGCACAACCUGUGAAUCAAUCGUUUUUUGCAUACUUUCUCCAGUUCCUCGACUGUCUUCACUACUUUAGGUCGUUUAAGAAGAUGCUGCUUCGUAAUCUCCCAGUACUUCUCGAUGGGGUGGAGCUCCGAAGUGUUGGGAGGGUUGAACAUUUUUGGCACGAAAUUGACCUUAUUGUCCGCAUACCACUCCAGCACGUCCUUGGAUUAGUGGCAUGAGGUCAAAUCCAUUCAGAAGGUUGUUGGGACGUUGUGGGCCUUCAGGAGAGGAAGCAGCCGCUUCUGUCCAUUCAUCGUGUCCUGGGUCAAGAAAGGUGCACUUCGCUUCCCGCACGUGCAGAUGUCUUGUUCCGGAACGCUGAACUUAUCCUUGGCCGUGGAAAACAGGUUGCCGGGAUCUGUUUGAAGUUGGCCUUCACUUAUGUUUCGUCGUCCAUGAUGCAGCAUUCAACUUUCGUCAGCAUGUUGAGGUGAAACUUCCUGGCACGGGUUUUGGCGGACUUGUUCUGCUUUUCGUCGUGAUUAGGGGCCUUUUGUACCUUGAACUUUCAAAGUCCAACCUUAGUUUUGGCCUUCUGGACAAAAAUAAGGCUUGAGUGCAGCUUCUAAGCCACAUCCCGAACGGAGGCGUUCAGGUUUCGGUUAAAGGCCCCAACUACGCGGUUAUGAUUUUUGGUGUUGUACGGAAUACUUUUUCCUUCACUUCUGGGCUUCCGAUCGGUGGUCAAUCGUUCCUCGAACCGCUUAAUCACUCGCGACAUCAUGGAAUUCGCGAUUCCCAACGUUUUAGCGAUGGAACGAUGCGAGAGAUCCUUGUUCUCGUGAUGAAUGCCUUAGAUUUUAUCACGCACGAGCUGUUCUUUCGACUCCAUUUUCGCGAGUUUUGAUCACAGGACUUUAAAUCUCAAGGAUGUAAACAAUGCACUAUGAACUAAAUCCACCCAAAUUUUCACUAAAUUCUACCCAACGGUAUAAAAGUUUGAGCAAUUUCAUAGUGUGGCAAUUUCAUUGUGGACACCCUUUAAUUGUCCUGUCUCUUCUGUACACGCUCAGCAAGUGUGCGUAAGAAAUGUCAAAAGCAACUCUAUAAGGCAUUUCCUCAAUUGUCAAACGAACAGCUGAUUUCUCAUGUUUACAUUUUCUCGGCAUAUCGUGGUAGGGUAAACAUAACAACAACAUUACGCAAGUUCAAUAACCAGAUAGUAACGAAAUAAAAUUGGCUAUGCAAUUGUAGUGAUUUUGCAAGCGCACCUUGGUGAGGAGAACAUAAAUAUUUUAUUUAUUUAAUUGUAAAUUCAUAACAAGUUAAGACAUGAAAAUAUGUUAAUGAUUUAAAUUAAUGAAGUUUUUCAAAGAAAGCAUUGAACAGUGCUUAUCAUCAAAGAUCAAAAUGGCGAUCACUUGUUGUUUACAUUUUUCAAAACGAAAACAAAACGUUACCCUACCACAUUCUGUCUCAGGAAAUACUCUAUUGGUUCUACACUAAUAGAAAAAUUAACCCAUUUUGAAUAGACGUAACUUUACAUUCCACACAAUAAACGAAAAUGACCGAGUUCGGUAACAUGCGGAGUUCGCUAAACUGUUCGGUAAUUUUUUCAUGGUUAGUAUGUGACAGCUGAUUUUGACAGUUGUCAAUGUGACAGCUUGUUGUAUUACCGAAGAAUCCGGAAGUGUUUACCAAAAUGCCUGUAUUUAUUACCGGAAAGCAGGUAGAUAUUAAUCGAAAAACUAUAAAAGCUCGAUACUUUUAUGAUGAACAAACGGUAGAUUUGACCAGAGAUGUUAAAAUCGCGAGUCUUCAUACUCGCACUUUGCCCUUCUUUGCAGAACGAUUUUAUUUCGUUAAACUCAAACUGCAAUGAUGCUAUCGAUAGUUCAAUUCGGAAAGCAUCAGGAAGAAAGCUUCGGGUAAACUCGGCAGGAGUAAACAGCAAUUCGCUGUUUCGAAGCUGCGCUGCUGCCAUCUGGAGUAGUACGAUGAAGCGUGAGCAACAUUCUGGGUAAACGAUAAACUAUAGAAGACUUUAUAAUCUUUUGAGUAAAAUUUUCAUAAAUCCAAAUGAUUAUGAAAAAAAACACUCCUUUGAAGAUUUAAGUUUAUUUUUUCACUUAAAUCCUAAUAAAUUUGCCCGGUUGAAGAGUCAAUUUUAUGUGAUUGAUCCAUUUUAAACUAGUCAGUCGGUGAGAAAAAUCCAAAUGUAAAAAUGUAAACCAAUGUAAAAUAAUUGUUUGCGCCUAUUUUCAAGACUUUCUUUUUUUUCAAAUUUGUUAUCCAUAUUUUUAUAUUAUAUCUUUAUAUUGAACUUCAUGUCAUUUUGGCUGGUAUGUAUGCAUGAACGAUUUGUUCGUUGUUACUAUCAACUAACUGUUGGAUUAAGUUUAAAUAUAACAUUUCAUAAAUAAGUUAGAUAUAAAAAUGUAUGAAGUUUCAGCUUAAGACAGUAUAAAAUGUUAAAUUCUUAAUUGAAAUUCUUUACGGCUUUUGGUUGCAUUAAUUAAAUUUUCAAUAAGUUUCGCCAAAAAAAAAAAAAUCAGACCAUAAGGUCCGAUAAAACGACAGAACAUGAUAAUACCAUUGAACGAUAUCAAUUGAAUAGCAUAAAAGUAAUCUAAAAUUGUGUAGUAGCUCGAGAAUCUGGUUUUUAUUCACUUAAACCACCAUCAAAUAUAAAAAUCCACCCUCCAGCUUUCAAAUUAUUACGCCUGAUUGUAUGUAGCUGCAGAAGAAAACUUAGUAGAAAAUAGCAAAAAUCUAUGGAUUUUUGAAUAGAAAUUUCUAGCUUAUCAAUUGUUGAGGCUUUUCCAAAUUUUGAAGAAAUGUUAAUUGACUUAUCUUUUAACAAAUUGCAAUUGAAAAUGUGCACUUGGCUUAAUUUUUCAUUCAAAAAUAUGUGAAAUACUCCAAGAGGUUUUUGGAAUAGUAAAAAAACCACAUUUUUUGUCGUCGAUUUACGAUGCAUCACGGUACAUACAGAUUUUCUCCUAUAGCUCACAAUAAUCUCUGAACCUUUUACUUUAAGCAUGUGUUCACAAUUUUUUGAAAAUCCUUACCAAAUCAGAGAAAAUCAUAAUUUAUUACAGGCUAGUAUUUCCACCCAUUUGUUUACAUUUUCUUGCACACACACGAUCUGUCAAAAAUUAGCUUCGAAAUCGCGGAUCGGGGGAAACAUCAGCGAAACGAACGUACAGUUCUGAAAAAAUCGUUUUCGUUCGGCAGUCGAACACAUCAAUCGUACAACGCAUGGAGGCGUGGCUAAAAGUGAUAGAUACAAGGGAACGGGAAACGUGCGAGAGAAGGGUGCGAGGAAUGUUAACUCGGUCCGUCGGGCAACGAUCGCUCGGGUGCAUUCGUGUACGGUCAGCUUCGUUCUGUUGUUUCGUUGUUGUGAUUUUAUUCCUGCGAGGCAUGGAAAACAUGAAUGCAAAACUGUUUUCUUCGUUUUGUGCACAUUGAUGUCAUGAUUGUAACGAAGAUAAAAUCAAUCUGCAAAUAGCAAGUUAAACUCGGAAGAAAUCAGCCGAAUGAUUCUUUCCGAGGCGAGUUUACGCAUCUCCGGAUUUGACCAAAUACCCUAUGCUAUUAUCGAAAUACCUGUAAUUACUACCGAAACAUCUGCAACUAUUACCGAAUCAUCGAGAAUUUUUACCCGGAAAGCCUUAAAACCUCGGUAAUAUUUUCCGAACAACCGGAAAAUUUUACCGAAAUUUCUGUAAUUAUUUCUGAAAUUUCAAUUAAUAUUACUGAAAUAUCAGUUAAUAUUAUCAAACUACCAGUAAAUUGAAAAAUAUUCAGCAUUUUUACCAAAAACCGGUAGUUUUUUUACCGGUAAAUCGAUAAUUUUUGUAUAAAUAGUGUCAUUAUUACCGAAAUGCCGGUAAUAUUUACCAAAAACUGUAAAACCUUCGAAAAUUCUUCCGAAAACCGCAAAACAUUCAUUGAUCUCAGCUGAAGAUGCACAGAUGAUUCGAGUGUUGAAUCAUCUCGCGCAGCGUAAUGCGCUUUGCAUUAGCUCGAAUUGCCGAUCGUUUUACGGUUUACGGUAAAAAUUACUGAUAAUUUAACAGGUUUCGUUAAAUGUUGCCGACAUGCAUAUUUCAUUAAGAAUUGUUUCCACCUGAACCGUUCAUUCAAAUGCUUCAAAAAAGAAAUUUGUGUAUAGAUGAGCUCUGAAGACCAAUAACAGCAAAUCCAAAACGUAAAUUCAGAGAAGUUAGAGAGCAAAACGGAAUGAAAUUUCGAAAGUUACGUCACUCGAGUCGCAGAAUAAGCUCCUUUAUUUAUUUUCAAUAUUUAAGGAUUUUUUUUUGAUAAAAUCACCUUACAUUCAACAGCUACUAAACCAUCAACGAGAAUUUCCUCGUCAUCAUCUUCCCCAAAUUCAAUACGUUUUCCUUCGCAAACCGUUCGAAAAAAAAAAUACCAGCCUGUUUGUAUCCGCCAUCUUUUAAAAUUAGUUAGAAUAUAUUUCAUUGAUAUUUGAAUUUAUAGAAAGGAUAAACAGCAGCUUACCAUUGUUAAGAGCUGCGUUGACGACAACGACAGGAAGACAAACAAAUUAAAAUUGAACUUUCCCGAUUUUGUUUCACAAUUUCCGCGUGAAUCACCCGUUUCAGCCCAACCUGUAUACAUAUCUCAGGUGGCGAUGGAAAUCCCGUUCUAAGUGUUAGUGAAAGUUUUUUUUUGUAAACAUUGUAACCAGAGCAGACAUUUUUCAAGUAUCAUAGUUGACAUGGUUGCUGAUUUUCCUUCAUCAUCACGUUUCAAAUCUCAUUUGACUACUAGUCAAGCUUCAAGGGACUGGAAAAGCUUGACUAUCGUCAUGGAUUUCUGUUCACGUGACGGAUGUUAUUUUUCAAACGACGGUCGUCAAGCAAGUUGACGGCGUCGGUUCAAAGCAUUUUAUGUAUGAUUCGAAAAAUUUUGUGUAUUUGGAUUGCUUGUUGGGUGAUUUGCCAGUGUCGAAAACAAAUAAAAUUAGGAUUAAAAAAUAAUACCAACUGCGGAAUUACAAUAUUGUAAAGGAAUUUUUAUAUAGAUAAUCAUGAAAGGCAAUUUUUUUGCGCGUAGUCGAUAUUGUCCUUCAAGUCCCUAUCGAAUUCUUAUCGGUCGUGACAGUUGAUGUUACGUUCGAAAAUGUCCCGGUCCCGAACUAUCCUGGACUAUUCUCCAAAAACGGAAACGAUGAUCGUUGUUUUCAGAUUUUUUUUUCAGCCACGACCAUAACGAAACUUGUGUUUUUCGGCGUCGUCCUAAGAUGGUUUUUUGUGUAAACAUUAUUCCAUCACAGUCCAAAAGACGACGACGGGCUGAAGGCGACUAUGAUUUUUCCAACGCUUCAUUUGACUGAAGGUUGAGGCGAGAUUGUUUGCUUGGUUACUCAUUUGAAGGUGUCUGUUAUGAAUGCGACUGCUUUAACUUUUUCACAGUCACAGUUUUAUGACUGCUGACGGUGAAUUUUGUACGCUCUGAUUGUAACCAUGCUAAUUCGUGACGUCAGUUGCAAACAAACAACCAUUAUCGCUGUACCAGCAAAAACUAGAGAAAAAAUCAUUGCCAACUGCUGUUUACGAUUCUCGCCUAGGAUACAUUACCACCCUGGCAAGUGACGUAGGCUUUGUUUACCUUUUUACUUUUUGAAUUACGAGUUCUGUAAUAGUGUGCGUGUUUGUUCAUCCCUUCUUUGUACCACAUUGUUUUCAGAUCACUGUAAGUCACGCAAGCAGGGAUGCCAGUCGUUGAGAAGUAAAAAUCUGGGCAAUUUUGAAAAAAAGUCUGUGUGUGUCUGUGCACAGGGAAGAUCACAAAUUUGGUACUAAACAAGAAAUUUGACGAUGCGUGUGAGCGGGGGUGGGGAGGGUCUACGUUAUCCUGCGGUGUUCGGGUUAUUUUAGAGUUGAGAACUAUAUAACAAACACUGUUUCCUGCUACGUACCAUGCCGAUCUUAUUUUAAAAAAGAAUUGUUUAAUGAAUGAUUGGUCAAAAACUAAUGAAUACACGCGAGAUUUCGAGAUUUUAGUCUAAUCUGGCACUUACGGAUCAAAUCCGGUGCAUGAAUAUUGAUUUCAUCAUUCAAUUUUGAAAGUCUGUAAAAGCUGGGCACUCUCAGCAAAAAUCUGGGCAAAAUCUGUGUCUGACCAAUAACUGGACGAAGGGCCAAAAGUCUUGGUUUUACAGACAAAUCUGGGCACCUGGCAACCCAGCACGCAAGACAGCGAACAACCAAGAAAAAAGUGAAAGAGUGAGGAGAAAGCUUCCAUCCUACUCAUACAACACCAAGGAAAAUUUUGACGUUUAUGUUGUCUAAAAACCUGUUUAACAGUGUAAUGAAGUUCAGUUGAAAAUAGAUGUCAAAAUUAUUAGUUAUCGAUUGUUUUCAAAAUUAGAGAAUUGGUUCGGUAAAAACAACUCGGUAACCGAAAUCGGUGCCUAUCAUUUACUGAGCAAAAAAAUGCUUUAAAAACGAACACAAACACAUAUAGAAUCUCAAUGAAACUUGAUGUUUCAUCGAAGAGAUUCCUUUCAUUUAACUCUAAGCGUACAUCAUUCAAGGAUAUGAUGGCUAGCAUCUUACAAAUGCUAUAACCACCAACCCACAGAAAGUGUACUAUGUUUGCCGUGACCGGGAUUCGAUUUCAUGUCCGUUGGCUUAGAAGACUGGAAGGCUAUCCUCUACACCACGGCUGCGGCACUCAUGAAAUUUUUAUUUAAAUAUACUGUAAAAUACUGAUCAUUGAUGAUCGCAAAUUGAUGUAGACAUAGAUUCUAACAUCGUGAUAGAGUUUUUAAAAGUUUUUGAUUCUCAUGAAUAAUUUGAAAAUUCGUGCAAUUGAUGUACCAAUUUUUACAUUUUCCAAUGCCGUAAAAAAAACUUUACCCAGUAUGAAGAAUUGGCUUAAUGAUAUCACCUACAAACUUUAAAUUGCUUUCAUUAUCCAAUACCAACUCUGUUGGUGUUAAAAUAUUUUUCAGACAAUCUCCAAAUUUUUUCAAAUAAAUAUUUUUAUAAGUCAGUUACCUGUUUGGGGCAAAAUGGAAAUAAGUACUAAACCUCAUAAAUCUCGUUUCCAUAUGCUGGGAAAAGAUUGUUUUGCAUAACGCGAUUGUUAACAUUAAAAUUUCAUCCAUCCUAAGAUUUAUUUUCAUAAUUUCAGCUAAUAGAAUAUUUUGUAGUAUUUUUUACCCCUAAAUGUAUGCAGCAAACUUACGCUUUUUUCUCUAAAAACGUUUUUCGACAGAAAAACGUUAAAUAUAAAUCGAACAAACCCAAAAAAUUGGUGCUUUAUGCGUUAUGAAAUCACAAAUUAAUCAAAACCUAGAAAUUUUCAAACGUUUUCAUUUCAUUUUAAAUUGAUAACAGAGUUUUUUGAAACUUACCAUUUUCUUAGUAGAGUGAAAAUCGCAUGUUUUGAAAUUUAAAAAAAUAACUGGUGAAACCAAUAUUUUUUCUGACUAUGUCAAUUUGAUGUCUCAUCAACCUUAAAACUUUUGAUGUACAAUAGGUAAGCUUAUUUGUGGACAUUUAGUUUUUAGAAGCCAUUGAAGUUGAAAAGUGUUGCAUGUAGCUCCAGUUGACGUUACGCAAUGAAAUGUAAAGGCUAUUUUUUCAACGAAAAAUAGCCUCAAUUUUUCUCUGAUACGCCUAAAUUCAUCACGAGCAAAUGAUUAUGAACUUUGAAUUUGCUUCAACUACUAAGCUUCUAAAUUCUCCAUUUUCUUUUGAAUUUGAAUAAUGAAAUCAAACAAGUGAUGCCAGAAAUAUUAUGGAAUUCAGAUGAUGAAAGCCUUUCUUUUAAAUCAAAACUGUCAACUAGAAAAUUCAGCAAUCGAAAAAAUUCUGGAAGAAGGAAGUAACCAUGAAGCGUAUUACGCACUACGCACAACUGAACAUAAAUUUAUGAAAAUUUGUCAAAUAGGUUGGUUGAUUUCUAUCAUUUUUAAAGUUAAAUUCAUAUAUCUACAAUAUGAAAAAAAACGCUGAAAUUUUUUGUUCAAACAAAAGGCGAAAUGCUAAUCCUUUCUUUGGCGAAUUCCAUAAAGUAAUUCUCGCUGACAACCGAUUUUCCCAUUAUCUCGAGAUGGCUUGACGGUUACUCAAUAUUUGAAAAAUUGAAUGAAUACAUCCUGGACGAUGUUCACGGGAAACUCACGCGGUUUUCAAUGAAUAUACAGAUUGGUAGUUCCAUUUGUUAGUUUUGUAUAGUGUCUUUGAAGUAAAAGUAAUGAAGCGGAUCAAUUAUCGGAAUUAGAAAAGAGAAUCCAAUAAAAUGAAAAAUAAUGGAUCACAAAUCGGAUAAGUUUCUAAUAAUGUUAACUGAUUCUAAGUAUACACUGGAGGUUACUUGAACAAAUAGAAAUAAUAAUAAAAAAAUCUUUAACAAAGUCAAAUCAUGGGUUUUUGUCUGUUAUUUAACUAAAUACAAAAAAAAACUCUGAUUUCAGUAAAAGGCAGGAGGAAAAAUGCAUCGUAUACAAACACAUAAACACACACAUAUUAAAUGUAUUUGAAGUGAAUUGUCGUAAACGUUAAACCAGAAUGGAAAACAAAAAACAACUAGAGCCUAAUUAUAUUUAAAUUAUACAAUUGUGAAACAAAAACCGGAAACAAAAAUCAGUGGAAGCAACUGUGAGACUAAUACAGUAGAACAAACUCUUUUACUAGUAGGUGAAUGAAUAGAAAAAAAGACACCCUUUGAAAAUUGUGCUAAACAGAAAACACUUCCCGUUGGGUUUGAUCUACAGCAACAAUCAAAUCGCACUACCGUUAUCAAUGUCAGAUUAAACAGAGAUUAAGCAAACCGAAACCAGAUCCCUUUGGAAAAAACUGAAACUAAACUCCAUAACGAUGUUACAAUUUGGAUUAAACCUCUGAAGGUGGAAUAAAACUUUAUUAAGUGGAA